AUUACGCGGGAGAGACAAGGGAGGACAAGAGUCUUUGCAAGAACUGGACUUACUUUAAAAAAAUAAAACGGUGGGGGGGGAGAAAAAAAAAUCAAUGUAUAUCAUCAUGUCUGGAUCUGCGGGUUACGAUUCGCCCAAGCGGAUGGUCGUCUCUGUAAUCAAAUCCACGUGCAAUGCAGAGGAGGUAAAUCUGGGUCAGUUGUCAAUGUAUUUACAAUGCCCAUGGCCAGAAAACUCCAACAACAUGAGUCUCAGCCCGACUCCCAGCAUCGGAUCAACAGGGUCCAACUCGCCCGGAGAGAGCCUUGACCUCCCCGCCUACAAGGACGGGACACGGCGCGGGCGCCCGAGAGCAGAGAUAGUCCGAGAUCUGAUCACUGAAGGCACUCUGUCCACCAGCCGCAUCCGCUGUCAGAUCUGCAAUCGGGUAUUCCCGCGGGAAAAGUCGCUACAAGCUCACAAAAGGACACACACUGGUGAGAGGCCGUACGUGUGUGACUAUCCGAGCUGUGGGAAGGCUUUCGUGCAGAGCGGGCAGCUGAAGACACACCAACGCUUGCACACUGGCGAGAAGCCCUUCAUCUGUUCCGAGCCUGGUUGUGGCACUAAGUUUGCCCAUGCCAACCGGCACUGCGCCAAGCACCCGUACGCCAGGCUGAUGAGACAGGAGGGUGCAACAGAUCACAACUGCGCCCCGGUGACCGAAGAGGAUAAGGCGGUGGCGGCCUGGCUUGCAAGGUACUGGCAGAGCCGGGAGCAGAGGCUGACCCCCAUGAAGGAAGGGACGGGUUUCCAGAAAUCUGACCUGGAGCUGAAGAAGUCGACGGACGGCCACCGACAGACGGAGGAGGAGGAGGAGGACUUGCAGCCCCAUUCCGGUCGCCAGUUGCAAGAGCAGAAGGAGCGCUGGCACGGAGCCCUGGCACUUAUCCAACUGGCCAACUUCUGCUCAGCACGACCACUGUGAACACUUUAACCCAAUCCCCCCCCCCCCCCCUUGCUUGCUCGCUCAAUUCCCCAUCCCCCAAUCUUCCCCCCCCCCCCCAACCAUCAAUGCGAUACUGCCUGCAAUUACCCCAGCUCCUCCUACCCAUCCAUCCAUUCAUCCUUCCCUCCGUCCUACCUGACAUCUGCAGUUCCCACUCAUUUCCCUUGGCCAUUCUCCAUUAUCAACUCCUUAAGGGCCUGUCCCACUUUCACGACCCAAUUC